GAAAUCAGCUGGAGGAGACGACAACAGAAAAGGAGGUUGCUCCGACCAGAAAUAUCCUCAGGCCGGCUGCUAUGUUAAGACUCUACCGAGAAAAGCGCCCGAAUAAGGUCCGCAACAACGAGUCAACACUUAUUGAGGACUGUGAGACGCGCGAUAACAAAAGCUGCGGCAGGGAAGUAAGAGGAGGAAAGUAUGUGACGGGGCAGCUCUCCCGCAGUCGAAUGUGCUCUCUGGCAAACAACGGGACAACAGCAAGCACGUCUUCGUCCUCCGCGCGUCUCUGUCCGGCGUGAGUGACCGGCUGAACCACCUGCAGAGGGGGCAUGUGGGUCAAUUCCGGAACCGUCGGAAGGGCCCUCUCCAUGGAUAUAGACACGGACUAUGAGCGGCCCAAUGUGGAAACCAUUAAAUGUGUGGUGGUAGGGGAUAAUGCAGUAGGCAAGACCAGGCUAAUCUGUGCCCGGGCCUGCAAUGCCACCCUUACACAGUAUCAGCUGCUCGCCACCCACGUGCCAACCGUCUGGGCCAUCGACCAGUACCGUGUAUGCCAGGAGGUACUGGAGAGAUCUCGUGAUGUAGUGGAUGAGGUCAGUGUGUCCCUGAGGCUAUGGGACACAUUCGGGGAUCAUCACAAAGACAGACGAUUUGCCUAUGGCAGGUCUGACGUAGUGGUGCUUUGCUUCUCUCUGGCUAAUCCCAAUUCCCUGCGCCAUGUACGCACCAUGUGGUUCCCUGAGAUCAAGCACUUUUGUCCCCGGACGCCCAUCAUUCUGGUUGGCUGCCAGCUGGACCUGCGCUAUGCCGACCUUGAUGCAGUCAACCGUGCACGCCGCCCCCUAGCAAAACCAAUCAAACCUACGGAUAUCCUUCCACCAGAGAGAGGCCAUGAGGUGGCAAAGGAACUUGGGAUUCCCUACUACGAGACCAGUAUUGUUGCCCAGUUUGGAGUCAAAGACGUCUUCGACAAUGCCAUCCGAGCGGCCCUCAUCUCCCGUCGUCACCUGCAGUUCUGGAAGUCACACCUGAAAAAGGUCCAGCGGCCCUUUCUCCAGGCGCCCUUCCUGCCUCCUCGUCCGCCUCGCCCUAUAGUUGGAAUUCCAGACCCGCCUUCCGCGGACGGGGAGGGCCCCGAUUCCCUCUUCUGCCAGCCAUUGUGUACAGAUGUUCUUUUCCUUCUGCACAAUGGGGCCACUCAUGUAUUUGCACACAAAGUAUAUCUGGCAACCUCCUGCUCCAAGUUCUAUGACCUCUUCACCCUUGAUCUCGGUGGAUCAUGCACGGGGCCACAGGGAGGGGAGCAGCAGGAGAACCAGGAAAACUUGGAGAGUGGAGAGGAAGAUGAGCAGAGCAGGAGAGGAGCCAAGGAGCAAGCCGGGCGUACUAAGAGCCUGGACAUUGAUAACGACGGGAGGGAUGGAGGAGCGCGGGGCCUUAAUCGACCCCAGCUGCUUCAGCAGGGCUCUUUGAGGACUUCCCAGAGUGAUAAUGCGCUUCCCUCCCGAGCCCACUACUCCCUGGGAGCAAUAGGGACCGGCCGAGCGCUUUUAGGGUGGGGAAGGGGCUUCCUGAGUGUGUGUCUUGAGCACGUUGACGAUCCCAUGACGGGACGACCACGACUCAUGACCGUGGUAGCCAUGGAUGCUCUUAUACAGGAGGAACCGUUCAAGGCGGUGCUUCAGUACCUGUACACGGGCAGUCUGAACGAGAGCCGAGGCGACCUGAUGCAAGUGGCCACCAUCGCAGAGCUGCUCGAGGUGUUUGACCUGCGGAUGAUGGUGGCCAAUGUUCUCAACAGAGAGAGCUUCAUGAAUCAGGAGAUCACCAAGGCUUUCCACGUCCGCAGAGCCAACCGCAUCAAGGAGUGCCUCAAUAAAGGCACCUUUGCUGAUGUGGUGUUUCGACUGGACGACGGCUGCCUGCCGGCGCACAAGCCCCUGCUCAUCUCCAGCUGCAGCUGGAUGGCCGCCAUGUUCCGAGGUUCUUUCAUGGAAAGCUACAUCGAGGAGGUAUCCAUUCCUAACACCAGUGCGGCCUGUAUGCACGGGGUCUUGGAGUUCCUGUACUGCGGCCUGUUGACACCCUGUACUGGUCUGGAGCCCAUAGAACUUAUUAUCCUCGCCAACCGCCUGUGUUUGCCCCGCCUGGUUGCCCUCACAGAACAGCACGCUGUGGACGAGCUUCUCCAUUUGACAGCAAAAGGAAGCGACAUUGAUGGACAAGUGUUGGCUUACCUUGAGCUUGCACAGUUCCACAAUGCCAAGCAACUAUCAGCUUGGUGUCUCCAUCACAUCUGCACUAAUUAUAAUAGCAUCUGCCGCAAGUUUCCCAAAGACAUGAAAGUCAUGUCUCCAGAAAACCAGAAGCACUUUGAGAAGCAGCGCUGGCCUCCUGUGUGGUUCCUGAAGGAGGAGGACCGCUAUCUGCGCUCUCAGAAGGAGCGUGAGCGUGAGGAGGAGAUCUUGCGGAAGCAACACAACAAGAGGGGCUGGUGUUUCUGGAGGCACCCGUCCUCCUCCCCACACGUCUCCUAAAGGGUUUCCUCAAUUAACAUCUUCCUCCAAACCUGGGUCAUCCUACACAGGAUAACUAACCCCUCCUCCUCAAUAUACGGAGGCGGUCGACAUUGAACCCUCCAUUAUCACUAUAUAAAUGACUCUCAGCGCUACUAUGCCUGAAUGUCAGCGUGUUUGAGGGAAUGUAUUUGCCUCUUUAUAAUUAUGGGUGACUUAUUGGGUGCAAUUUUGCAACAAGUGUGGACUUAACUGAAGGUUAUGUGAAACGGAUUUGUGAGUGCGAAUGUUUGCGGUUGGCAUGACCUGAGGGAUGCUUUCUGAGUUGAGUGCUUCUGACGACGCCCUGAUCUACAAGGCCCCUGCAGCGCUGCAGAGUAGCCCCUUGUCCCUUCCAAACAAGCUCCGUCCCUCCACCAGCACUUGCAGUGUCCCAGAAUUUGAGUGGUUGGACUGAGAGCAAGGGCUCUCUACUCCUCUCAGCCUCCUUCCUUCACAUUGACCUUAACGACCAUGACUCAUUGACCACUGCAGCUCCUCUCGGGGAGCUCACCUCUGCCUUCACUUCUAUGUAGACUGUUAGUUUGCACACGUAGGCUGGUGCAAAGUAUUCACCCCUCUAAAACCAGCACAGGAUUACAAGGAAUAGACACUUAGCAAUGUAAUUAUUUACUAUCUUGAUAUUAUUUGACACAUAUUAUUUGAUUUACACACUGCUCCCACAAAGUGUUGAGAACCUUGAUUGGCAUUGCAACAAGUGUUCCCGAGCCCAGGUUGUGGUGCAAGGACAAUCUUAAAGCCGUCAGCAAGUUGGGAUAGUCUAAUCGGGGGUCUUGAUCAUAGCUAUUUGCCUCAAGUCGAGUACUGAAGUAGUCGUUGGGGUCCGUCAUCCACCUCUGCACUUCCUCCCCCCUCCUCCUACAUGCAACACGUGCAGAAAAAGCAAACGAGUAGCUCUCCUUGAAACAAAAGGAUGAGUGGGUAAAGAGGGACAGCCUUACUUGAUACAUCUGCCAUUGAGGAAUGAUGGAUUCAUUCAGUACUUGUUAUGUAAAUGACCACUUGGUUGCAAGCAUCCAGCCUGCCUUUACACCCCUAAACCACUAGGGGCAGCAUUGCUCAGGGCCCUGGCACUAACCUUCACACUAACUGACUUUAGUUGUGCCUAUGAUUGCUUCACUCAGUCCUCUAGAACAGUAUAGCUUGAAUUGUUGCAGUGUUGUAAGAAAGGAAAAGCACAGUGUUUUUAGUGCAUUUGAAACCAGACUGUAACCAGACUUCUGGAUACCAAAGCUGUGAUUCCUUUGAUCUAUUUCUUCCUCACGGUCUUCAUUUCUGCUUCCCCACUUCUUUUAUUGAUAAGAGGGGAUGGAGGGGAAAAGAGAAAGUGGCUUACAGGAGAAGGAGGCAGUACGUUAUGGUAUUUAAAGGCCUUCUCGGGUGGUGUUUCCUGUCUAUCGUGUCAGACAAGAAAACCAGCUUUCACUGCUGGACGAUGCCUUCCAUUCCUCUGGCUGGAAUUGAAAAUGGUGCUUCAAUCCCGAUGAGACAGUGUCCACAUGAACACACAGACACAUUUUUUUUUUUCACAGUUAAACCUCUGUCUAGUCUUUUAGUGUUUACCAGCAAUGAAUGUGCAGAAUAUUGAUGAUGAUUUCACACCAUUUUUUCAAAAUGAAUUUUCUGCUUUGUUUUAAAGUAGCAGUCUGUGUCAUGUCUGCAUUUAUAUCUAGUUGUUACAAUGUUAUAGUGUAUUUAACUACUUUUAAGGUUAAAAUCUGUAAUGCUUCCCUUUGAGAUUAGAGUUUGCAUGGGGGGCCGUCUUAGAAGAACUGCAGAUGAGAUCUGAUUUUCCUUGUUAAGUGUGGUCAUUUCUUUGCGCUUUAGCACUGAAUGUAAAAACGAGACUUAUUGGCGAUGGCUUUCUAUUAGCACUUCAUUCUGUCUGUGGGUUCACGCCCCUCCGCUUUAACCAGACCCAACCGUAGGAGAUAGAUGGAUUGUGUUAGACAUGUGGUGCGUUCGGCCGUUCUCAAGAGAGAGGCGCGUUGCAAGUAAUUGUUGGCUACCAAAAUAGCAGUCAGACCGGAUUUCACGAGACCCAAGUGAGAAUUGAGCUGAUUCCUCUCUAAAGUGUGAAAGCGGAGUGAAAGUGAAGGAGUCUCAGUCAGUAUUGCAUGCAACCUGAAUCAUUUGGAAUUCAUCCACGGAUAUUUUGAAGUCAUCCCAGUGCUUUGGGAAUUUAGAAAUGAGACCUAAGGAGGAAUAAAAUGAGGUCAGUUUUUUGAUGGACUUCCAUGGCCUCCUUUUGGUUCCCCAGAGACUGGCUGCUGGAUUCAUCUAAUUGAUGGUUUGUAUGAACCAUCAAAACUUUUCUCUUGGUCCGUGUGCCUUAUAGUUAGCAAAGAAUAAAAACUAACAACCAGCAACAUUGUAGUUAAAACCUGCAGACAGGUUCUGCAGUGGAAGGCAUGAGAGAUACUGUAAUCAUGGCCGUCAUAAUGUUACAAGGGAUCGGUUGCUUUAUGCUCACUUUCCCGUUAUUCUUCUUGAGUCCGGAGUCAUGCCUGACAAGAAGCGUAGGUCCUGUUUUUACACAGACAAACUAAAAUUAAACUCUCUGGGAAUUACUUGGAUGGCAGAUUCUCUCUCCGUUGACCAGAUGAUUUAGAGGAAGUGAUUGAGAAACGGGUUGAUUCCUGUAUGCUAACUUUGAAACCAGACUUUGAGAAAGCAAAGCUUUUUAUUGACCACUGGCUGGUCUGUGUGUUGUGUUGUGGGAGAGCAACCACUUUUGUAACGUGGUUAUUUUGCAUGGUGGCCUAACAUUGUCACUAUAAUGACACUCGGUGUUGGAAUGCACUUUUUUGUCUUUGACUAUAGCUUUCUGUGCUUAGCAUGAAUUAUUCCUUAUGUGAGAUUGUUUCCUAAAACGGAUGAUUGUAGCACGAUAUUUCCACUUCUUCUUCUUCAGCCUUUCAGAAUUUUCCAGGACGUGCUCAGUGAGGAGCUGAAUAAGUCGUGUUCAGCUCGUGGGUUAACGUCUAGCGGGGUUAACAGUAGCUGUCUGUGGCGUUAUGCACAGAUUUAAGUAAGAUCAGCAAAGCUCGACGCAGCAUUUUACAUGUUUGAAUAACAUGAUGGAACAUUUGUUUGAAAAACUAACGCAAUCAAUCUUAUUCUUUUUUAUUUUCAUUUCAAGACUGUCCUUAAUGGCUGAAAGCAAAGUGUAUGUUUUGGUAAAGCCUGUAUGAAAUGACACAAGGUUUCUGUAUACUAUAAUACAUAUCGCUAACUUUUAGUUCACGGGAAUUAAGUAUUUGCUAAUUAGUAGUGUGAAGAUGGACAGAGAUGGAGAGACAAAGAUGCAACAUUUAAACCUUGUUAGCUUUGAACAGCCCUCAAUAUUUGCUCCUGACCCCUUUAGGCCAAAGUCACCCUGACAUAGGGUUGUAUUAUUCAUGUGGCUGGUCUUGUUGUAUCUUAACACAUCCUCUUUACUGUAACUUUCUUCUUAUUCAUCUUUUGCGGAGACUUUUCUUUCUUCUUAGCGGGCCCGACUUUUCUUUAUCUGUAGGUGUCUCCUUUGCGGUGCCUUCAGUAAAAUCCCACACUUUUGGCUUUGUACACUUUGGCGAUACUACACCUGCAUCCUUCUGGUCUCACAAUAAAGUUGAUUAAGGCAAGAAAUACACACACAUGAGAGCAAAGAUAUACAAUCGGGGAGCUUUCUUUGAUGCAAAGUAUCGUUGCAUUGUUACUGGCUAACGUCCACUGAUGACACAGAUAUGGAACCUUGCAAGCUCAGUAUGUAAUAUCAUCUAUGCUAAAGCAGCUUGAGUUAUGAAGUGACCAAGAAACCCAGCAAACCAGCCGUUUUGAAAAAAAUAUUUUUGCACUCUCAGGUGCCUGCACUUUUUAUUAUGUAGCCUAAAACAACUUUUUUGAUAAGUGAGCUGAAGUUUUGUAUUUAACACUUUUCUUGUUCAAAAUUGCAAUAUCUUAUUACUUUUCCACUUUCUUGUGAUCCGUCUCUCUCUAAGCCAAAUGCAAUAGUAUACUCUAAUGCUUCCAGAAUUUAGCUGCAAUGUAAUGUGUUGCAAUCAUGCAUGAAGUUAGUGUAUUCUAAUUUGGCGAACAGCGUCUAUGGACUACUGGUUGGAUUGGGGACAGAUAUUAGCUGUGACAACUAUAUAUAUUACCACUUUAAUGAAUAUAGUUUUUAUCUAAAGUACAGUGUUGUAAAUUUGACUCUCAUGCCAUACUGUAUCUACAGUAUUUAGUAAGCUCUUAUUAAUGGGAUGGAAUGGACGGAGAGGCACAGCACGGGCAGUCUUUAUACAGACAUGCAUGGUGUGAUUAACCCCUGGUCUCUUGUCAUAUACUGUAUAAUAAUGGUAUGUUUGCUUCCAUUGACUAUAGUGUGUAUUAUAUUAAAAGGCGAAAGAACGAGCACACCAAACUAACAAACUAUUAAGGGCUUUCAAGAAAAUAUACAACAAUCAGAAUGUGUUUCUCCUUUUGCAAAUAAUGUUUUGAGAAAAAUGUUUUGUCAUAUUUUUGAACCACUGUGAUUUGUACAAAAUUUACAAAAAUAGAAAAAGGAGGGUUUUUUUCUUUGCCAUUUCAGUAUUUGGAUGUUUGACAUGGAUUUAAAUAAAACAGUUUUGAACUUGUCUGA